AGCCCCUUAUCGAAUGCUUAAAGUUUUAAUAAAACUUUAAAAUACUUCUUUAUCUUUAUAUUUAAGUCCCUGCAGAUAGGAAAAUGCCGAACUCUUAAGCAUUAGGGAUGCAGUGAAUGCCAAGGUCAAACAAACAACAAAUGCUGAAAUCCACCAAGUACAAUGUGAAGGACACCCCUUCACUUACCACCAACUUUGCCAUGGAAACGGACCAAAAUAGACUAUCCGGCGUAUACAGCGGACUGGGUCCACCAGAAGAGAGAAAGUUUUUCGCGCACAAUGGUCCCAGUCUCUUCAAAAACAUACGUCCGUCAAUCCGCGAGGCCGAGGGACACGUAAACCCGGCCUAUCAACAGGACGAGAACGAUGGGGACGAUGACGAUUUUGACAGCGUUGACAACCCGGAAUGUAGAAGCUCGGACACGGACAUGGACUCGGAUAGUGAGCGAAAUUCCAUUGACAGCUUUUCAUCACUUCGAAACCGACGCAGGAAGCAGCAUAUUUUUGACGAGGAGACAGGUCUACCUGAAGUUAAAGUUACGAAUGGCAAAGUACCUGCAAGUGGAAAGGUCGGAUUUGCUGAGCUUGCAGAACAAAGUCAUCCACCUCCGCCAAUCAAUCGGGAAAGAAAAUCAAAAAAAGUGCCAAAAACCUGGGAUCGAUUCACCCAAUCUUCAAAUGACAACAUUUCAGGGGACGAUGUACAAUUCUGGGAAACAGUUUUCGUGGUGACAAAAAUCAUCAUCUGUGGACUUUUAUUCUUACUUACACUCGCGUCAGCGGUAGUGUGUAAAGUUUGUCUCGUCAUAAUAACCGCAAACGUUUUCCCAUAUGUUCCCUCAAAAAACAACACAGUGCUUAACAAUACAUUGAAGACGUUGCAUGGUCACUUGAUAUACCCUUCUGAUCACACAAAUGUCCAGUGGAUUUGGGCCCUCAUCCUGAUGGCAGGUGCUCCCUAUUUCUUCGCCUCGAUCAAAUCCCUAUGGAGACUACUGUUCCAGAUGAGUGGUCGAGCAUCGCCCCAAUGGUCAACGAUAUUCUGUGUUUUGGUGAUCGAAUCCAUUCACUCCCUUGGCCUCAACAUCAUGAUCUUCGUUGUGAUGCCCAACCUGGACCCUAUAUCAGGACUGCUUGUUUCCUUGUGUAUAGGCAUUAUACCGGGGAUACUGAAGGUAUUCUACCCUCGAACAAAAGAGGAGGGACACAGAACAAAGACUAUGAUGAUGGUCGUCACAUUUUUCAGUCUAAUUGGUGCCCUUGGCCAGAUUGCAGGAAUUGGAAUGUGGUUUUAUCAUGUAUACCAGCACUUUAACAACAAAUGGACCUACAAAAUAAUGUUGAUUGUUGCCCCACUGUUUACAAGCAUACAUUGGUGGGAAAACUUCGUACACGAGGGGAAGAAAGGCUCAAGCGGUUUAAGGCUGCUUGCAAGAAAAAUGCGAAAAUACAGAACGAAAUUGAUGCUGUAUUCGAGCUUCUGGAAAUUGUGCCUUACUCUUUUGCUGCCCUUAGCACUUUAUGGAAUAAGUUGCAAGGAUGGAGAAAUGUGCAUUAAAACGUUGUAUUACAAAGCUGACAGUGCUACCUUACACUCAUCGAUCGGCCAUAUAGAGCUACAAUCAUCUAAGAACUUUGGCGAAUGUUCCAACUACUUGCCUCUCGUGACGGCCGCAAUUGGCGUCCUCGCUGGUGUCGUCGCAUUUAAAUUAGGAAAGGUCGCUUGCAAAAUCAUGGCACAAGUUGUGGGUUACUCUCUGCCCUUGGUGUUAUCAACGCCUGCCACUUUUGCCGUCAUCCUUGCAAUGUACAGCGGGUUCCUUACAGAAGAUUCAAGCGGCUGUUACAUACCCUUUCCACGUUGGGAAGAUCAUCAUCCGAAUGCAUCUACUGCUGCACUUUAUUUUGACAGUAUGGCAGAUAACGAGCAUUGGUUUAUGUUCGGAGCAGCUCUUUGUGGCUUCUUUUCUCUGCUGCUUGUGACAAAUCACGUGUGGAUGCCGGGAAAAGAGCGACUACAGCGGACAGACAAGUUAUUUGUUCAACCACUGUACUGUGGCGUCUUCUUGGACCAAUCGCUGUUGCUGAAUAGACGCCGAAUAGAAAAAAUAAAACCAUCGGAUUUCACAAAACAACGAGUGAGAGACAUGCAUCUGGAUGACAUCGAAAUGGAGAACCCUGAAGAAACCAAGAAACUUCGUACAACAGAGACGCCGAUGAUUUACAUGUGCGCUACAAUGUGGCAUGAAACUGAAAACGAAAUGAUACAACUGUUGAAAUCUGUGUUCAGGAUGGACGAAGACCAGUGUACGCGAAGACAUGCACAGUUUCUGAUGAACAGACGUGAUCCAGACUACUAUGAAUUUGAAGGUCACAUAUUUUUCGAUGACGCCUACGGUGGCCACGAAAUCGAAGAGUUUGAGUAUACAGUCAACGAAUACGUUAAACUACUCGUCAGAAUGGUAGAGUUAGCUGGAAGCGCUCAACAUGGAACCAGCUACAAAAUCUCACCUCCAUUGGUGGUUCCAACGCCAUAUGGUGGUCGCCUUAUCUGGACCUUACCAGGCAAGAACAAGCUAAUUGCUCACCUCAAGGACAAGACAUUUAUUCGACACAGGAAAAGAUGGAGUCAGGUCAUGUACAUGUACUAUUUCCUCGGGUACGAAAUGUUCAAACAAAAAGAAGGAGAAAAGAUAAAGAGGCAGCAGCUAUUCAAACGCGCAGAAAACACGUUCUUAUUGGCUCUUGAUGGCGAUGUUGACUUUCAUCCGAAAGCUGUGUUGUUACUGGUCGACCGGAUGAGGAAAAACGCAGACGUAGGCGCGGCUUGUGGGCGUAUUCAUCCUAUCGGGAACGGUGCAAUGGUUUGGUACCAGAAGUUUGAAUACGCUGUCAGCCAUUGGCUACAAAAGGCCGCUGAAGACAAGUUUGGUUGCGUACUCUGUUCACCUGGAUGCUUCUCAUUAUUCCGAGGGUCGUCCCUCAUGGAUGACAACGUGAUGAAUAGAUACACGACACCACCAUCUGAGGCCAGACACUAUGUCCAGUAUGACCAAGGAGAGGACCGAUGGCUGUGCACCCUACUUCUACAACAGGGUCAUCGUGUGGAGUAUUGUGCAGCCUCUGACGCUCUGACCUACGCACCUGAAGGCUUCAACGAAUUCUUCAACCAGAGAAGACGGUGGACGCCCUCUACCAUGGCAAACAUUCUAGACCUACUCACGGACUGGAGAAACGUGACCACGAAAAACGCCGAAAUCACAAUGGCGUACAUCAUGUAUCAGGGUCUUCUGAUGGUUUCAUCCAUUCUCACCCCGGGGACGAUAUUUCUGAUGGUUCUGGGAGCAAUCAAUCUAGCCUAUCCCGAUGUAGAUCUCUGGCUCGCCCUGCUUCUGAACACGGUCCCGGUGGCUAUUAUGGUCAUCUUAUGCUUCAAGGCCAAGCCAGACACACAGCUCACGUACGCAGCCAUUUUGUCGACCCUAUACAGUUUGGUGAUGAUGAUAGUGAUAGUGGGACUUCUACGUCAAGCUGCUGAGUUUGGCAUAUGUUCUGUGACUACAGCUUUCCUCAUCUUUGUGGCUGGGGUCUUUGUUCUGGCGGCUUUCAUACAUCCUCAGGAGUUUUGGUGCAUCAUCCACGGUUUCCUGUAUUUCCUGGCAAUUCCCUCGAUGUCUAUGAUUCUGAUGCUUUACGCGCUGGGUAACCUCAACAAUGUAUCUUGGGGAACACGCGAGUCGAAAUCGGCAGCAGGUCCGGGCAAAGGGAAGGAAGAGAAACCACCACGUUUCUCGGGAAUAUGCUCGUUCUUGAAUGGAGUAUGUCCAACUCUACCUUCGUGGAAUUCUCAUUCGGAAGAUGCCAAAGUGAAAUUAAUUCUUGACAGACUAAACGGCAUAGAGGAAAACAUGCGAGAGAUGAGUCAGUUUGGGAGUUCUCGAGCCUCCUUAAUAGCCGCGUCCUUGAAUGGUAACCGGUCCAGCCCGAUGAUGAUGGGGGAAAGCGCGGAACCACCUGAGCCGUUCCAAGACGUGCAGGGUCUCAUGAUGGGAUCUGGGGAGAAACGAAAGGGCAUUCUUAGAGCAAAAGAAAACCCAAUGUUCCAAGAAGAAAAACAGAAAGUACGUGACCGCAUGGUUGAUCCCUACUGGAUAGAGGAAGAUCAGGAUAUACGCUUGUAUAAGAAAGCAGAUAAUUUAAGCCAAGAUGAAAAUCAGUUCUGGUGGGAGCUCAUCGAUGCUUAUUUGAAGCCUCUGGAAGAAGAUGCAAAGAAGAAGGAGGAAAUCAAAGCCGACCUUCUUGAACUGAGAAACAAAGUAUGCCUGAUAUUUAUCCUCAUCAACUCACUGUUCAUCAUCGUCGUCUUCAGCCUCCAACAGGUCGUUGCCUCAGAAAACUGGAGUAAAGCUAGUGGAUCACUUAAAGAAACAGGCGGAAGUCUCUCGUUUCCGCUUCCCUGCGCAGACAGAAAAGAUGACGGAACAUUGCUAAACGCUUCCGGUCAAAGCGUGGAGCCAAUCAGCGUCGCUUUUACCCUUGUUUUCGGAGUGCUCUUGUUUGUACAGUUCAUCUGCAUGCUUAUGCACAGGAUUGCAACUCUAUUGCACAUUUGCGCAGCGACUGAGAUCUUCAAAAAGAAACGAAAGAUUGUUUUGGACAAGGACGAGCAAACAGAGUCCUCCAAUGUUGGAAAUGUUAUGUCUUAUGAUCAGAGGAAGCUUUUACAUCUGUCAGAUAAGGAGGUAUAUGAAAUGGUCAAAGACAUGCAGAAAGACCAAGAAGCAGACAGUAUCUCUUUAACUUCUGAGUCAAGUUAUGCUGGAAGUGACGUGGACGAUGACGAAGAAGCAGCGAAAAGAAAAAGAGAGAGCAGGGAGCGCUGGAAGAAUGUCGUCAAGCAGCGUAAGCGUAACCAUGGCAACACGCUCGGGGCAAACUUCCGGAAGAACUUUGUCAAGUUCCAGAGCUUUGUGAAAGAGGAAGAUUUGUCUACUAUGAAGGACGAUGAUGUGAUGAAGAAUAUGAAAAAGAAGACACAUUUCAAUCGAAUGAAUAUGAAAUCUAUGAAAGUCCUUACAAAUAUGGCGAAAAACCCUGGGACAAAACAAAUGCUGGAGAAAAAGAAGGUUGUGGCGAUAGAAAGAUUUAAAACAGCAGGAUGGAAAGCUGCUAUGUUGCAAAAACGAGGACCUGACGGCAAUGAUGGUAAUACACAGCGAAAAACAUCAGGCUUAGAUAUUUAUUCUCUUGCAAAGGCAGCUAAACAACAACAAAAACUGCAACAAGCGCAAGCUGAAGUUCACAAAGAAGAUGAUGAAGUAGACAAAGCCGAAGAGAAUCAGAAUGAAGAUGAACUAGGUGAUUAUGAAGCUAUUGGUGGUGACCCAUAUACUAAAAUAGAUAAAACCCAAUCAGAAAGUACAAAUGGGUUCAGUCUUGUACCAAAAGGAUCUCCAACUCUUGCAAGACCAAGGUCUCCGGAAAAUGAACACGGAUUUCCAGCAAUUCCGAUCGAUGAUAACACAGACAGUGAUACCGAUUACGAUGAUGUAGCCAACACAAUUCAGAUACCUAAGGUUGAGAAUGACGAAUGGCCUGAAGAGGAAAACUAUGCCAAUGCUACUGAGAAUGUUGAUGUGCUUUUUUGACCAAAGUCUGACGUUGAACAUAAACUAAAUUAACAGGCAUCUUUAUGUAGUCUUUGUAUUCCUUUUGACAAAUAAGAACUGUUGUGCAGUAAAUACGAUGCAUAAUAGGUAUUGCGUGCAGACUUUUUAACAUAUCAAUGCAUAUAAUAAGACAUGCUUGUCUUAUCUUGCCAUGCUUGUACUUUUGACCAAAGUCUGACGUUGAGCAGAAACUAAAUUAACAGACAUCUUUAUGUAGUAUUUGUAUUUCUUUUGACAAAUAAGAACUAUUGUGCAAUGAAUACGAUGCAUAAUAGUUAUUUUGAGCAGAUUUUUGACAUAUCAAUGCAUUUAACAAGACAUGCUUGUCUUAUCUUGCCAGGCUUGUACUCUUCUUGUGUUGUUGUUUUUUAAUGUUAAUUAGUAUGUUAUUGAAUAAGUAUCUUAUAUAAGAAUCCAUCUAAAACUAUCUUUUUAUAUCUUUCAAAAUGAUUAUUGCUGAUAUUUUAAUUUGUACCAGUAGCAAAAAGAACUUCUUGGGCCUUAUUCAUUAAAUAUUUUAGAUUUAACUCAAAAUAUAAAAGGGAAAUAUGGCUGUUUUGAUUUGACUAUAAGAUUUAGUGGGCCAAUAAAAACACUCCGAUUUUGUGCUAUAUAUAGAAUUAGAUCAACCUAAGAAGAUUUGUGAAUACGGCCCCUUUCAUGAUUUUGAUUGAAAAGCUUGCAUAUAACCUUAGGAGGCAACGCAGAUCUUUAAGUAUUUUAAUAUGAAAAUGUACUAUGGUAUACAUGUAUUAAGUAAGACAUUUUAACAACAAGCGUGUGACAAAAUACCAUGAGGUCAAAAUGUUCAGCUAAUUAUUAAAAUAAUCAUAUGAACAUAAAUUGAGUUUUAAUUGAAAAUUUCAUAUAAAAAAAAUAUUUAUAAAAUAGUCCUGACCAACAAUAACUCUUCAAAAAUGUUACUCCAAUAGAUUAUCUGCAUGAAAAUAAUACUGGGUUCUGGAGAUUUUAAGACUAUUUUAAGAUUAAUUUUGUUAUACGUUAUUCCACAACACGAUGAUGUAAUUAAGUUGUUAAACAGGAGCUUAGUACGAGAAUAUUGCCCUGUUUCUGUGAUAUUUUUAAAUUGCUUAACUUCAUAUUUAUAUUGUAUACAGGAAGGUCAUACGCGGAUUCAUAUUGUAUUUAUGAAGAUAAUUUGAUUGUCUAUUACUUUUUGUACUCAUUCAUUAGUUAUAUAUUUAGCUUUAAGUUUUAACAUUAUGAAAUAAAUUUAGAUUUUU